UCCGUUUGCUGCAGGGUUUGGAGGGAAGUCUGAAAACAAUGUCCCGUAGCUUCAUCGAAAAGUAAAAAAACAAAUGUAGAGUUAAUGCGUUAGAAUCUGAAACGCUCGUGCGAUCGUCUAAGCUGCAUAAAAAAAAUCAUGUGAACGUUUUUCCGGCUUAUACUUUAGGAAAAGGUAGUUUAAUGUACGCAAACAAUAGCUGGGUUUAUGCAGCUUGCAUGUCGCCGUUAGCUCUGCUUGUUAACGUCAGCCAGAGCCACGUAGUUCAUUGCACGCUUCUCGGAGGAUGUUCACAGUUUAGAUAAAUUAAAAAAACAAGUAACGCUGGCCAUGGAUCGACACGCGAGGAGGCUGGCGAGUCAGCUGUGUAAAGCAGUGAACGAAGGAGAUCCCAGAUCUCUGCAGCAACUCCUUUUACAAGGUGCAAACCCCAAUCUGGUGGGUACCAAAGGGGUAGCUGCUGUACACUUAGCUGCUGGCAAAGAAACUGAGAAGAACACGAGAUGCCUGAAAACCUUGCUGCAAUAUGGAGCUGACCCCAAUAGAAGGUCAUCAGAAGGCCUCACUCCUCUUCAUGUUGCUGCACUGUGGGGAUGUUAUCAAAAUCUCAAGCUGCUCUUGAUGAAUGGAGGGAAUCCAAAUAUCAAAGAUAAUGAAGGAAACACUCCACAGCAGCUUGCAGAGCAACAGGAAAAUCGAAGAUGUGCCCAUCUCCUUCAGGAAUACCAGGCUAGCCCAACAGACACUGAGGAGGAUGACAUUCCUCAGUUCCAAUACUCUCUAUAUUCAGACCAGAGAGACAUGUCCAGCUAUCCUGAAUCGGACUACAGCUUUAGUUCCCACACAUCCAUGAUAAGUGACUUUGGUGAAGCCCCACUGAGCAGCACAAGGCGCUCAUCAAUUUUUAACCUGUCUAACAUUAAUGGGCGACUAACUUGCAGAAGUGUAUCAUAUCACAGACCAUCUUAUCCUUCCAUACUUUCAAGCACUCGCAUGUCUGCAGUGGAGCCUGCAGCUGCAGUAUUGAAUCUUAAAGAAGAUGGCAAUUGUACCGAUGAUACCACAUCGAAAGGCGAGGAAUGUACUGCUGCACCUGAUGGCAUAAUCCCCCCUUCCAACUUCCCUGCAGUUUCCUCCAUGCGAACAAGUCGGAAGAGCGUGAGCUUCAGGGAUGACGUGGAUGAAUAUUACCCUGUUUUCAGCCCCGAAUCUCCCCAACAGAAUCCUGCUGUUGAUGGCUGCCAGCGCAGCUUACCUUUUGACAUAUCUGAGUAUUCUGAUUUCCUGGAUUCAGAACGCAUGGCUGCUAUUUUAGACAAGCAGGGCAUUGACGCCACAUCACCGGAUCAUGUCUACAUUUUCUGCAGGGAAAGCAGUGAGAGCACAGAAGAGGACUUGGAGAAAACAGUCCUUGUUCACUGUGCUUUGGAAGAAAGUGAUGAUGAACAGAAAACAGAGCGUGCAAAAGAGGGUCAUGGGAACAGUGAUGAAAAGAAAGUACACUGCCAUGCCGGCGGCAGCAGCAGUGGAACUAGUAGUAGCCAUUAUAGUAGCUGUGAGAGUGACCAUUACACCAGUGCUCUGGAUGCCUCUGUAAACCCUGAACAUUUUUCACUUAGUGCAGCAGAUGAUGUUUCUGCCAAGACUGCAUUAGACAGAAAGACUCUGAUUUCUACAAAUUCUGAUUGUGAACUUACAAACAUUCAUAUGGAAGCUAAUACCGAUUCCAAACCUCAAACGGUUGAGCGAUUAUCAGGUAUGCUUAAUAAACUGACCUUGUCUGGAGUAAAAAAUCCAAACAAUGAUAUAGUUCAGGGUUGUGGUGGUAAUGAUGUAGACAGUCCAAGUAAGGGCGAUGUUGUUGAGUCCGCAGCAGUAGAAGAAAAAAGUGAUCAUCCAUUCACACCCAGUCCUUUCGUAACAGGCAGGACACGCUCAAGAAUGAGCCGUUGCUCGUUGAGAACAAGCAGAACCCCCGAGAGCCUCUCCUCCACAUCUUCUUUGUUCGAAGAUACCCUGCCUACACCAGUUCGAACACGCCGCCAGACUCCAAGAUCUCCAACCAGUGAAGAGUUUUACAACUCACCACGCUCACCAUCCAGUGCACAGUGCUUUUCAGGGAGACCCAGAGAAGGAGGGUGCUUGUCUGUGGACUGCCAAGAGACACAGUCCAGUACUCUCAGAGGCUCGAGUGUUAACAACAGCCAAGCUGAUACACUUCUCCUCUCUACAAGUGUGACAGACUCUGCUGUUCAGUCACAGACUUUGUGUGACACAUUUCUACUCAAGAACAAUAAUGACAAUUCAGUCAGUGCUUAUGAGACAAACCUUGCAGAGAUUGCUCUUGCUAUGCGGGAACAGAACUGUAAUCUCACUGAAGACGGGGAAUUUCUGACUGACGAUCUGACAAGUUCAGAUGAGACAACUGCAAAGAGAAAUGUAAACGAUGCCCCCCAUGAGGAGGAGGUAGAAAGCCUUAACAAUGAAGAUGCCUGGAUAACUAGGGACUGUAGCUCUCUGCCAGACUCUGUGUCGUCAUCAUCCACCUCCAGCUAUGGUUCUCCAAGGAGGUCCAAGGAAGACUCUGAUUUUCCCUGCACCCCAGGUACCGGCUGCACCCCGAGGUACAGCAUGAGCAGGCUUUCAAGCUGCCGUAGGCCACAGCACCUGGCUAACUUGUCUUACACCCCUGGAGGGCGUCCACACAUUCAGGAUGUGGACGAACCAGUAGAGUACCUGUACACAGAUACCGAACGCGGCCACAAACUGAUUGAGACCCAUGUCCCACCUACAACAGACACCUCCCUCAGCUCCAGCGUGAGUACUACCAGCAGUGAGGAGACCAUACUUUAUGACUGGCGUUCUUUGGAUGCUGACAUGGUAGACAGCAAAGGAAAAGAGAAUCAGAAACCCCAGGUGGUGGUACAGAAGGCGGAAAAUGAGAAGUGUGUGGACAAUAUGUUGCCAGAAAUCAGAGGGUUAACUGACAAGGAGCUCAGGUCGAGGCUAGUGGAGCUGGGGGAGAGUCCAGGUCCCAUCACCAGUCGUACAAGGCCCACCUACAUGCGAAGACUGUGCCGCCUGGUACAAGAGUCAAACUGCCAGUCACAAUAUCAACAGAAGAAGUUAGAGCAACCACAAGCAGAUGCAGGUUACAGUCCAGAAUUGUGUAGGGUUCUGGAGACCUUUAAUCUUCCCAAUUGCCAGGCUGAUGAGCAGGCUUUGUGCCAGCAGUUUGACCAACCAGAUCAGAACAGGAAGUGGAGAGAGGGUAUCAUCAAGUCCAGUUUCAACUACCUGCUGCUUGACCCAAGAGUGACAAAAAACCUUCCCUUUCGCAGUCACACCAUGACCCCAAAGGAGUGUUUCCAGACUUUUAUCCAUGCUAUAUUUUAUGUUGGCAAAGGAAAACGCUCCCGCCCCUACAGUCAUCUGUAUGAGGCUUUAGAAUACUUUAAAGGUGACAAAACCUCCAAGAAACUGUGCCCCAAAGUCCAGCACAUCCUUCAGGUGUGGAACGCGGGGCAGGGUGUCAUCUCUCUGCAUUGUUUCCAAAAUGUUAUUCCCGUGGAAGCCUACACAAGAGAGGCCUGUAUGGUGGAGGCGAUUGGUUUGAAGAUGCUCACGAAUCAGAAGCGAGGGGAUUUCUAUGGCAUAGUGUCCAAUUGGCAGACAAAGAAGAAACGGGAGCUCGGCAUCCACCUGCUGUACCGUGCCAUGCAAAUCUUCCUGGCUGAGGGUGAGAGACAGCUUAGACCAGCUGACAUCAGACAGUAGAGACACCCACUUGCAGAGGGGUAUGAACUGCUUAAACAGCAGAAGGGAAAAUACCACUACUUCAGAAGACGACGCAAUCCUUCAUUUGACAAAGAUCGAGUAAUGACUUAAGAGCUCUGGAACUGUUACCAGAAUUUUAUCAUCUUUUGCUGGUAAACUAACACUGAAUCCUCAUACCCAGGGAUUUGCAGUUUGACAAAUGUGACAUUAAGUUCAGUCAUAUCAUCUUAAAUCAUGGUCAUAUUUUAAAAUAUCCUUCUUCAAAGUGCUCUUAGCAUAUUUAGAGCUGCGCCAUAAGCAGAGAAUAUUGGGUUUCUUUCAUAUUAUGCUAGCUGAGGUCUUUUACUUGUAGUUUUUUUAAAGAGUAAUUGAGGAUUUCACUUUGAAAACACACAUUUUGCAUUUAUUUUUUCGGAUCAUGGAGACUGAAGAGCAAUUCUCUUAGCAUACUUUGUUUGGUCUGGCCAGAUGUGGUUAACACGAUGGCACAAUAUCGUCACAAAACUACAAAAAACUCAAGAUUUUAAUAAUAGAAAUCAAGAUCAAGCUAUUUACUACAAACAUUAUUCCCAUUUGGUUACUUUUGUUGACUCUUGUGGAAUAAAUCGGUUAUGACUGCAAAAUUUUCCAAAGAAGCAAGGAGAGCAGUAAACACAGGAACACCUAAUCAGGUUACUAUUUCUGUUUUUUAAAAAAUGAUAAUGUUGUACUUAUCAGGGCUUUUUAACUGUGGGUUAGCAUGUUAGGUUUCCUAGAACCUCGGUGUGUUCUAAAAUAGGAUCUUUUGUCAUUUGUAAAUAUAGUAUUUCAGUUAAAUUGCAUUAAAACAAUUGAUGUGGGUACAUUUCUAUCCAAGCGUUCGCAAAAUCAGCAGUAGAGGCAGGAUGCUUUGGCUUUAUGGGUCAGCUACAGUCAAACAGACAAAAGCUACACUUUAUUGGCAAAGCAUUUGAUCUAUUAUGAUUGUUUCUGCAACUUUCUGAUGGUAUGAAAUAGAUGUAUUCAUGAUUAAUAAAAAAAGAUAUACAACUUUAAAAGGAACCAUUUAAUUUUUUUUUCCUGCAUCAGACACUACAGAGUGCUUGUUGCACUUAAUAGCUGUUGCAGGUUACCCAUAUGGAACUUGAUUCUUUUCUUUAUACAUAUAUAUAUAUAUAUACAAAUAAAUGUUAAUGUAAUGCAGCAACAAUUUGGAUUUUAUCUUGGAAUAAUGGAGUUGUUACAUUCCACGUCAAAUGGGUAACAAGCACAUACUAAUCAGAGAAAGUUUGCUUAAAAUUUAUUUAACUUUUAAAUCAUGUGUUUUUAAAUCUGACAUAGGGCAGUGAUGUUUCUCCUUUGUGCAUAUUAAUUUGUGCCCUUUGACGUAUGUCAUUUACUGACACCCUGCAGCAUCCUCUCCACAGUCUGUAAUACAGUUACAUAGCAGAUUGAUAUGAAAAUGGUUAUAGUCAGGUGAUCUUCAUAUAUGGCUUUGAAUAAUAAUAUAAUAAAAAGAUAUGCUCAGUAAUUCUAAGACUUAUUUUAAAAGUAUAACAAAAAAGCUCAUGGUUAAAACAAAAUAAAUAUCAUUUCAUCAAUAUCAUAAAAAAUAUCAUGAACUUUUUUGCUAUGUUUUUGAAAAACAAAUGUACCAUUUACAAACUGUUAUUAGAGCAAAUUAAAUUGUGUUGCAUUGUUAUUUGGAUUUCUGUUCAUAUAUAAAAUAAACAGCAAUUUAUUUUUUGUGAUUCCAACUAAAGCCGGGUGAGCUUCAUCACUCGGGCCAACUCCAUAUGCAAUUACAUAGUUUACUGGAAAAUAAUAGUGUUAAACCCAGUUUUGCCAUUUGACUGUGGCUGACCCAUUUAAGGAAGUACACGGAUGCUUUAGCUGCUAGGAAGUAUAUCUCCAUGAUCUGCAUAUGUGAAGCUCAGCAGACUUUCUGAGUCAGUAGCAGAAACAGUAGUCAGGAUAUUCUGAAUGUAAGUUCUAUCUCAGUUGUCUCAUAAGACAUGUAAAAAAAUGAAGGCUUGUUUGGUCAAAGUAGUGACAUUAUUACAGUGUCAGGAUGAUGUGGAAGCUCCAGGUAUUACUUUAUAUGACAAAACAACACUAAUUCUAACAACUGGAAUUGCAUUUUAGAUAUACAUGUGUUGGACCCCCCCCCAAAUAAAAAUCUAGGUUCCACUUUGCCAUGGGCAAGUAAAGCGCUGGAUAUAUGAGAGCAUUAACCUUUAACUCUUAUACAAGUGGUAUGAAAACAACUACUUUUAUUAAUAAAACUCUACUAUUUUUAAUGUGUAAUAGCACGAAAAAUGUGUGUAGAUUUAUUUAGCCCUCAUGUUGUUGUUAUGAAAAAUAAAGCCCCUUCUCUGUAGUUCUCUGUAUUUUCACUGUUUUUUGAAUUGUCAUGCACAAAAAUACAUUGUUGCAACUUAUGUAAAUGUGUGAUCACAUGCUCUAUUUUGACUUUCUGUGAUUUCAAUGUAACAAAAGAAACAAAAUAUACCCGUGAACUGUUUCACUGGUUUGUCCUUUCUUUAUUCCCAGUCUUUGGUGGCCCUCUAGUGGACAAAGCAAGUAAUUAAUUUUGUUAUUAUGUGUACAAGGCAAUUCUCUUGAUGUAAUAACCUCUCUUUAGCUGCUGUAGUUCAUUGAAGGUGGUUUUUGGUGUAGCCCACAUGUCAUGUAGAUCGUUGUAUAGUGCUUAAGUUUUAUAUACGCCUUCAUUUCGUUUGUACCCCCCCCUUUAAAAAAAAAAAAAAAUCAACGUGACCUUCAGCUGCAUCUUUCCUACACACCCACACACAAAGAAACACACAAAGUCAUUAACAGUAUGCAUAAAACUGCUUUGUGAGAAUGAGUUAUCUCUCUACUUGGUAAAAUAUUCACAACUAAUUUUCAAAGAAUGUUCUUUAAUUACUGUUAUCAUGACUCAUUCUGUAUCAUCUACAGCUUCUUGUUAGUGGUUAGGCAAUAUUUCUCACAUGAUCUGCACAAGAACACUAAGUGUACUCUUAUUUGUCUCUGGUGUCAGUCCUGAAGCCAGUAAUGAGGCCUGCACAUCUCUUAUAAGUUACUGCUUCAUUCCCCUGCAAACAUUUCUGAAUUUAGACUCUUUAGAUAACAUCUUAAAAUUGUGGACAUUAACUUACAUAAUAUAAGCAAUCGCAAAAUAGAGGCAUGUCUAAAAUUUAAGAAUAUAAACUAGGCCUGCUUUUAAAGCUUCAAAUUACUGUUACAGUACAUGUGGUGAAACUGAAGUGAAACUAAAAGACCACUUGCAGGGGUUUUCCAAUUCCACUAGUACUGUUCUUGAUUUUUGCUGGUCAAGAAGUGUUAUAAUACAGAAUCGGCACACAUCAGUUUUUCAUUUGAAAAACAAGCAGGUACUUUCCUGGUAAGGUAGCUCAGCAAACCCCAGGCAAAAAAAGCAUCUCUCUCACCUAGCACUUUCUAAACUUUAGAAAGAAUCUAAAGAGUCAUUUCGCAUAUACAAGAAUAUUUUCACUAAUGCUAUUUUCAAAUGGAAAAAUCUUUGCAGGCAUAUAUUGCGUAAUUUAUAAAUGGCAAGUGGAAACCACAAUACAAAAAAUCAAAGGGUAAAAACUGUGUAUUUAUUGUGUAACAAUUUUGUAGAAGUUAUUUUUGUAUCUUUUCGAUUGUUUGGAUUUUAAGUCCCGGUGUUGUGUAUGUAUAAAG